AUGAACCAUCUUGAAGUGUACAAGCAGGGUGCCUCGCAGAAUUCCAUGUGUCGGUUGCCUUCGGGCAAAAAUUCGGGACCCGAGUCACAGGUGCCGAAACCGUCGGUCCUCGAAGGGCCGCAUACAGAAAUCGUGUGUCUUGUGUGCCGCCAAGAAGCGGAAGUGCAUCAGGGUGCCCAAGAGGGAGAUGCGCCGCGUGCGUGCGGCUUCCGUGUGCCGCGCCCCCUCCAGCGGAGGGAAUUGUCCGCUGCGCUUGGCCAUGUCUUGCAGGCGCUGCGCGAGCAGGCCGCGCCAGCUGCCCCGGUCGUUCCUGCGACCCCGGCCCCCACCCAAACUCUGAAGGGUGUCUCCCUCCCCUCCUUUUAG